AUGAGAAGAUGUGACAGUGUAAAUGGGACCUGUAUUCCAUGGACAUCAACACUUGGAACAUUCAAUUAUUAUUCUACUUUUAUGCAAUACCAACAUCAGUCAACAGGAGAAAACGAGAGACGAUUAGGUGCAAAUCACACAAGAUCUAAAGGAUCUACAAACGAGGGAAUACUUAUCUACAUAAUCUUCGCCGGUCUUAUCAUAUUGGUUUUAUGCGGAGUUGCUGUUGUUUAUAAAUACCAAAAUAAACAAAUAAAUUUACCACAAUGCUUUCUUAAACAUGAGGUAAAAGAUUCGACUCCGCCACCAAUUAUUACACGAUCGAUGCAGCCUAGUGUGUUUAUUGAAUUCGACAACAGUGGAGGCGCAUAUGAACUAAUUGAUGACAAUAACAUUCUUAACCUUGAAGAUUAAAAACAAUCCACUAUCAUGAUUCAAUUGUAUACCAUCACAAUUCAAUGGCAUGAAAACAUAUCAGGAGAAUAUUUCAUGCAUACAAUUAUUACUACAUGCAUCUAUCGUACAUUUGCAAAGGACAGAACAGAUGAAUAGAUUGUUUCAUUAAUUGUACGCAUUGUAACUUAUAUAUGGACAUUUUGUAUCUGAAAUUGAUUAGGUGAAUUGCUUUGAAUAUAAAAUGUUAUGUUAGAAAACUGUAUGUAACAUUUCAAAAUUGUU